CGCGAGCGGGCGCGGAGAGGGAAGCUCUGUCAUUGAAAAUAGCUCACUUCGACAGUGGCAAGGCAGAGAGACAACCCUGAGUCGAUGUCACGGGCUGCCUACCUGCGAGGUGUGCAAAGAUGAUGGCCAUGAACGCCAAGCAGCCCUUCACCAUGCACGCUGCCCUCCAGGAGCCCAAGUACUCCAGCCUGCACUCCAGCUCGGAGGCUAUGCGCAGAGUUUGCCUCCCAGCCCCGCAGCUCCAGGGCAAUAUAUUUGGAAGCUUUGAUGAGAGCCUGCUGGCCCGAGCGGAGGCUCUGGCGGCUGUCGAUAUCGUCUCCCACGGCAAGAGCCACCCCUUCAAGCCGGACGCCACCUACCACACCAUGAGCAGCGUCCCCUGCACCUCGGCCGCCCCCGCCGCCCUACCGCACCCCGCGGCGCUCACCUCGCACCCGCACCACGCCGCGCACCCGGCGCUGGACGGCGACCUCCUGGAGCACCUCUCGCCCUCGCUGGCCGUCGGCGGCCUGGGCGAGCCCCCGGCCGUGCCGGCGCCGCUGCCGCCGCACCCGCUGGGCGCCAUGGGCCACCUGGCCAUGGGCAUGGGCCCGCCGGGGGGGCCGGCGCCGCCGCUGCCCGCCGCGCCCUGCCUGCCCGACGUGGAGUCCGACCCGCGGGAGCUGGAGGCCUUCGCCGAGCGCUUCAAGCAGCGCCGCAUCAA